AGUGUCCCAUGUCGAUGGACAACCUUCCUCCAUGCCUCGUUCUCGAAAUUCUGAGUCGACUCAGCGAUUCGACUGACCUUGCUCGCUGCAGAGUUGUCUCUAAGACCUUCAAUGCUCUCUCCCAUGAUGUUCGCUCCAUUAACCUUGUCUGUUCCCUGUCUCGCUACCUCAGCUCUCGUUCUCUAGUGCCUAAUCUGUUUGUCACGCCCUUCAAGACCGUUUUCAGGGACCUCGUUCGAGCUUCUGGACGCGUCGAUUCCGUCUCGCUCGGCGUCGAUAAGUCCCUCGCAGGGAUAACGUUCGACGAUGUCGAUGAUGAUUCUGAUGAUCUCUAUCUCACAGAUACCGCCUUCGUGAAGACUUGGUUGCCCAGAAUUGCUCCGGAUUUGAAAUCUCUGUCCAUCUCAGAUUUUUGGGUUCAAUCUUGUUGGAGGCGAUCGGACGUCUUGUCAUUGAUCUCUUGGAGCUGCCAUGGUCUUGUCAAAUUACUGGUGAGGAACGCUUGGUUAUCAGUGGAUGGUCUGGUCCCUAUGCCAAUGCUCACAAGUCUGACCCUAGAAUUUGUGAGAUUAGAUGAUGAAGACCUAUGCAAGAUCAAUAAAUGUUUCCCAAAUUUAUUAGAACUGAAUCUGAUAGGAGUUGGAGGACUUAGGGAGCCAAAAAUUAGUCUCUUGCACCUUAGAACUUGUCAAUGGUCAGUAUCAAAUGCUCCUCUUUCAUUGGCAAUAUGUGCACCAAAACUUGCCAAUCUUCAACUUAAAUGCAUCAGACCGAGGUUAAUUGUCCUUGAAGCAUCAUCACUCUCUGCUUUUGAUCUCUCUAUUGAGGGUACAGAUGAGUUCAAGUGGAUAAAUUGUCACAGUAUAGAAUACUUUAAGUUUGGAUCUUCCAAUCUUGCUUGUCUCUCUGGCUUGUUUCGAAGCUGCAAAACAGUUAAGAGGCUCAAGGUGGAUUCAGUGAGAAGAUCUGAACACAAUAGAUUGACAACCUUUGGCUUUGAAACAUUGUUUGAGUCUUUCCCAUUGUUAAGCUCUCUCGAUUUAGGCCCUGGAGCUUGGCAUGACAUGGAAACUUCUUUCUGUAUGGAAGGCUUAAAACACAGGAUUGAGAUGAACACAUUGAAAGAACUUGUUGCACAUAUGGUGGUCCAAGAAAUUGAGUCUACUCUUGCAUUUAUUUUCUCUGUCCUGGAUAACUGUACUAAGUUAUCAAAUAUUUCUCUGGUUAUUCAUCACGAUGUUGAUCCUCCAGUUGCUAGCAAUCUCAUGUCUAGGUGCAGAAACUAUUGUCCUAGAGUUAGAUGGAAAUUGGGUAUAUGGAAAGAUGGAAUUAAGGAUACUUGGGUCUCUGAUGCCAACUAGUUUAGUGUCUAGAUUUGUACAAGGGAAAGAAAUAAAGAUAGAUUGCAAUCUCUACGUGGCCAUGAAAACCGUUGGAAGAAGCCAGAUGAUUGUUAACAAAUAGGAUUCUUCUCUUUGUUGUUUCAACUAUAUGGAAUAUUGCUUCAGGAUGUCAGGAUGAUAUUUAAGUAUCUGCAUGCUUUGUAUAGAUCUUUUUUUUACUUUUUUAUUUCUUUAGGGGGUGACUGCUUUGUGAUGAUCUUUGUCAUGAUCAUGAUCACUCCUCUGCUUCAUUUGUAUAUAUGUAUAUUAUGAGAACAGGUUUACUUGUUUUUUGUCAUCCUUAUAUUUUAUUUGACAAUCUAUGGGAAUAAAUCUGCUAUACUGUCAAA